UCUCGUGUUUGGGGGUUGGUGGAGGCGUGGAGCUAGACUAAUAUGACUUAGAGAGUGCUGUAUGCAGACAAAAGAAUCCGAAAUCCGAGCUUAACGUGCGCACCCCCCUUGGCUUCCUCUCUCUCUCACUGAUAUUUCUGGUGGGAGUUGGUAGGUAAGACGCCCAGCGCCAGCCCACUGCAGACUCGAACCGAAAUUUAAGGAGUGUUUCUACUUUCUACUUAUCUUCUCUCUGAAAACAUUUUGAACAGGGAGGAAUUAGAUGGCGCACGUUAGCAACAUUGCGAAGGGCAUCCGGAGCGGCCAUUUCUCUGGUAAUCUCCCGAGAGCGGAGAAACCUAGGGCUUCUCUAUGCUCUGUGUGGUUGGGAUCAGAAACUAAUAAGAGCUUGGGUUUUGGUGGUCUCAAGUAUGAAAGGAGCGGUCGAGAUUCCGUUCUUUCCGUUAGGAUUAAUCGUUGUCGUAGGGUGGUCUCAGCUUCUGUUGCCACCACUGAGAAGCCGUCGACUGCACCAGAGAUCGUUUUGCAGCCUAUCAAGGAGAUCUCCGGUACUGUCAAGCUUCCUGGUUCCAAGUCUUUGUCUAAUCGAAUUCUCCUCCUCGCUGCCCUUUCGGAGGGGACCACAGUUGUUGAUAAUUUGUUAAAUAGUGAUGAUGUCCAUUAUAUGCUUGGUGCAUUGAGAACCCUUGGGCUACGUGUGGAAGAAGACAAAGCGAUGAAAAGAGCAAUUGUGGAAGGUUGUGGUGGACAGUUUCCUGUGGGGAAAACGUCAACAGAAGAAGUUCAGCUUUUCCUGGGAAAUGCUGGCACAGCAAUGCGUCCACUGACAGCUGCAGUUACUGCUGCGGGUGGAAAUGCAAGAUAUAUCCUUGAUGGAGUCCCCCGAAUGAGAGAGAGGCCAAUUGGAGACUUGGUUACAGGUCUGAAGCAGCUUGGGGCAGAUGUUGACUGUUUCAUGGGAACCAAUUGUCCUCCUGUUCAUGUCAAUGGAAAUGGAGGACUUCCUGGGGGAAAGGUCAAGCUCUCUGGAUCUAUUAGUAGUCAGUACUUGACUGCUUUGCUCAUGUCAGCUCCUUUAGCCCUUGGAGAUGUGGAAAUUGAGAUUAUUGAUAAACUAAUUUCCAUUCCUUAUGUUGAGAUGACUUUGAAAUUGAUGGAGCGCUUUGGAGUUACAGUUGAGCAUAGCAGUUCUUGGGAUAGGUUUUUCAUCAAAGGUGGCCAAAAGUACAAGUCUCCUGGGAAUGCUUAUGUCGAAGGUGAUGCAUCAAGUGCUAGUUACUUCCUUGCUGGUGCUGCAGUCACUGGUGGUACUAUCACUGUGGAAGGUUGUGGGACAAGUAGUUUACAGGGAGAUGUAAAAUUUGCCGAGGUUCUUGAAAAGAUGGGAGCAAAAGUCACCUGGACAGAGAACAGUGUCACUGUUACAGGGCCACCCCGAGACUCCUCCAGCCGGAAACACUUGCGUGCCAUUGAUGUAAACAUGAAUAAAAUGCCUGAUGUCGCAAUGACCCUUGCUGUUGUUGCACUUUUUGCUGAUGGUCCCACAGCCAUUAGAGAUGUGGCUAGUUGGAGAGUGAAGGAGACUGAGAGGAUGAUUGCCAUUUGCACAGAACUCCGGAAGCUGGGAGCAACAGUGGAAGAAGGGCCUGAUUACUGUGUGAUCACUCCACCAGAAAGAUUGAAUGUCACAGCGAUUGACACAUAUGAUGAUCACAGAAUGGCCAUGGCAUUCUCUCUUGCUGCCUGUGCAGAUGUUCCCGUCACCAUAAAGGAUCCAGGAUGCACCCGGAAGACCUUCCCCGACUACUUUGAAGUUCUCCAGAAGUUUACAAAGCAUUGAUAGCUUCUUGCGUGCAGAACAAGCAAAGUUAAGAGGCUAUCUAUGCUACAGGCAAGUCACACAUAUAAGGCUAUAUCUCUGCCAGUGGUACUGUUACAGUAGAGAAUGUAAACCAACGCCUUUAUUACCUUGUAAUCUUUCAUGGCUUCUGUGUGGCCAUUGAGGCAAUUUAUUGUUUGUGGACACUGAUUUGAGUUCAUUCCUUACGCAAUAUUAUUUACAAAUUUCAUCAAUCA